AUGAUUUGUCAGCUCAGUGUUUCAAAAGCACAGCGCUGCAAAGGGGCCCAGCCUAAGGAUAAGAUUGGGUACCCAAGCACGGCUAAAAUCUCCAAGACCGCACCCGGUUGGGAAGGGACUGCUGUUGUUGACGGGCAAUUUAAAACAAUCAAACUGGCGGAUUAUCUUGGGAAAUACUUAAUUCUCCUCUUCUAUCCACUGGAUUUCACAUUUGUCUGUCCCACGGAAAUCACGGCCUUCAGUGACCGCGUUGAAGACUUCCGUGCCAUCAGCACUGAGAUUGUGGCCUGUUCUGUGGACUCACCGGUUGCUCACAUGGCCUGGGCCAGCACACCCAGGAAACAGGGGGGACUGGGGCCUGUGACGUUCCCCUUGUUGUCAGAUGUAACGCAUCAAAUAUCUAAGGACUACGGGGUGUAUUUGGAAGAACAUGGUCACACACUAAGAGGUCUGUUCAUCAUCGAUGGAAAAGGGGUUCUGAGGCAGCUGACUAUCGAUGACCCUCCCGUUGGGCGCUCUGUGGACGAGACGCUGCGGCUGGUACAAGCCCUCCAGCACACGGACGAGCACGGGGAAGUGUGUCCUGCAGGCUGGAAACCGGGCAGUAAAACGAUAAAGCCUGAGGAAGCUCGGAGAGAGUGGUGGCCAAGAGAGGAGUUGUAAAUGACACAUCACUUUGGGAAGCUAAUGUUUUGUGAACAGUGGCGAACCGGAAGCAAGACACAGCUCCUCGUUUUAAACAUUGAAAAAUUACAUAUAAAGUUAACAAAU